GCAGCCAACAAGGGACAGGACAGAAUUUCCCAUACCAGGCCAAGGCUCCCUCGUUUGUACUCGUUGUUGGCAGUGGAGUGAAGGCACAACACGCGAUACGACCCAGCAGCCGGCAUCAUGUCUGCAAUUGACCCCAAGAAGACAGUGGACCGCGUGGUGGGCAACGUUCAUCACCCUGAGACAAAGGUCCUGGAUCUCGAAGACAUCCUGGACGACAACAACCUCCCCAAGGAUGAGCUGCUGCGCGACCACUUCAAAGCCGAGGGCCGCGUCACAUCCCGCGCGUGCGUCUAUCUCCUCAACAAAGUCAAGGAGAUUCUCAAGACAGAGCCCAAUGUGCUGCGUGUCCCUGCACCCAUCGUGAUUGUGGGCGACAUUCACGGGCAGUACUACGACCUCAUGAAGGUGUUUCAAGUUGGCGGCGAUCCAAAGAAGACCCAGUACCUCUUCCUCGGCGACUAUGUCGACCGCGGGUACUUUUCGCUGGAGUGCGUGCUGUACAUCUGGGCGCUGAAGAUCCGGUACCCAAAGACCAUCUGGCUGCUGCGCGGCAACCACGAGUGCCGCCACCUCACAGAGUACUUCACAUACAAGACGGAGGUCGAGUACAAGUGCGAAGAGGAGGUGUAUGAGGAGUGCAUGGACUGCUUUGACGCGCUCCCGCUCGCAGCCAUCAUGAACGAACAGUUCUUCUGCGUGCACGGCGGCAUCUCGCCAGAGCUGAUGCUCGUCGAAGACAUCGACAAAAUCGACCGCUUUAUGGAGCCCGAGGAGAGCGGCCCAAUGUGCGACCUGCUCUGGUCCGACCCGCACGAAAACUACGACGGCGACACGGGGCAAGCCAACUUUAUGCACAACGACACGCGCGGGUGCAGCUACGUUUUCACACACAAGGCUGUGUGCGAAUUCCUGAACCGGAACCGCCUGCUGUCUGUCAUUCGUGCACACGAGGCACAGGACGCAGGGUACCGCAUGUACAAGUCGAACCCGGAAACAGGCUUUCCUUCCGUCAUCACCAUCUUUUCCGCUCCAAACUACCUCGACGUCUACAACAACAAGGCUGCUGUGAUGAUCUACUCCAACAACUCCAUGAACAUCAAGAAGUUUUCACAUACGGAGCACCCUUACUGGCUGCCCAACUUCCUUGAUGUGUUUUCGUGGUCGCUGCCGUUUAUUGGGGAGAAGACGACGGAGAUGCUGGAGAGCAUCAUGUCCGUCUGCACCGCAGAGGAGCUUGAGCACAAGGACCACGAGCUUGAUGCAUUGGCAGAGAAGAUGAAGACGGCAAUGCACAACGUCAAGGAGCGCCGCCAAUCAUACAGCGACAUUGCGGACAUCAACCGGCGCUCGCUGCGUCUUGCUGGCGCCAUGAACCCGACCGGAGACAACCUGGAGGAAGAGGAUGUGGGCGAGGUGCACAACUUUGCAGAGGCAAGGGCGAUUGACAAGAAGAACGAGAGCUGGCCCACGGAGAAGGAUGUUGGCAAGGCACGCCGCUUCCGCCGCAGACAGACGCUCGAGGACAUUGACGCGUGAAAGCCGCCCGUCACCCCCCUCCCCACGCACGAUAUCGCCGUCCCGUGUCGAGCGUAGCAGGAAGAGCCAUGGAGCGUGCUGGCGUGUGUGGGCCUACGCCCCGCAUCCUCUUCCCCAGCAGCCCGUACGCGUUUCCUGUUGUGUUUUCUCGUUGUUGCUGUGGUCUCACUACUACUUUGAAUAAUGCCUCUCGUUUUCCACGGAUUCAUUAAGUGCCCCCCCCCCCUCCCCAAACCCUUGCGAUUUCUUCAGUUCUUCCGCCAUUGUUUUGGUUGUUAGUAGCACCGCAAUCACAUCACCCCAUUCCCCUCGUUGUGCCUGCUUGGUUCUCUUUCUUCCCUUCCCUUCCCAUUCCUUCCUUUCCUUUCCAUUUACUUGCUCAUCAUGUCUCAUUCGUUUGCCCCUUCGUUUGCCCUUUCGUUCGUUGAGCGCUGUGUUUGUUACCUGCCAUCAUUACAAGGAUUCCAUGCAAAAUUAGCUGAUCAA